CGGCGGGUCUGUCGCUCAGCGUCAGGCGGCCGGCCCCUGGCAAACUCGGGCAAUUAUAUUCAAGGCAAAAAAGCAAGAAUGCAGAAGCUGGGGCGGGCUGGGUUUUGUCGGUUUUGCGGCCUGUCAGGUUAGGGGUCGGUCCCGUUUUUCCGAUUUCGCGCGAACGGCGCGCGGCGCCGAGGAAGGGGGGCGCGUGGCUCUGCCAUCAUUUUCAUUUAUUGGCCCUUUGGUUUCUGGGUGUUUUGUUUGGUCUUUUCCCAAGCGCAGUCACUCACGCCAUGCGCCUUCUGUCCUUCCAAUUCCGGGUCUCUUUUGGCCGGGCUUCGCCUCGGGUUGCAGCUCGGCAGAGGUUC